AUGGACACUUUCCCUUCCAACACAGAACAGAUAAAUGCAAAAAUCAUUGAUAUGGAACAGUUGUGGCAAUUCCCAUGCGCUUGGGGGGCUGUUGAUGGUUGCCACUUACCGAUAGUUUGCCCAAGCGGUAGUCAGGAAGCAAGAAAAGAAUACCAUAAUUUUAAGAAUUUUUACGCCAUUGUGAUGAUGGCAAUUGUAGAUGCAAAGGAUCAGUUUGUAUUGGCCAGCAUUGGCUUCCCAGGGAAUUCCCCUGAUUCAGUAAUUUUGCAGUCCACACAGUUGUGGACUGAUAUUACUGAAAACAAUAUCAUACCUUCCAUAGGGAAAAACAUUGAAAAACUUAUUGUGAAUCCGUUGAUUCUUGGUGAUUCUGCUUUUCCGUUUCGCAUUUGGCUGAUGAAACCAUAUGGUCAUGCUACACUUAGCCCUAAAGAAAGCAAUUUUAAUGAUCGCUUCAGUAGGGCACGAAUGGUCACAGAACGGGCAUUUGGCCAGCUGAAAAGCAGGUGGAGAAUUUUACACCGCAGAUCAGAAUGUGAGCCAAAAAGUGCGAAGAAAACAGCACUUGCAUGUGUUAUUCACAAUCUUUGCAUUGCUAAUGGUGAUGAUCUUCCUCAGCAUGUUAAUCUUCUUUGUAAUUAUCCAAAAAAUCAAAGAGAUCGAGAGAAAGUACGAAAGUUAUUGCUAAUGAGAAGCUGUGCCAGAACAAAAGAUUCCUCUAAAGCCGCUGAGACUAUUAGGACUGCACUUGCAGAAUAA